GGGUUUGGGGAGAAAUGAGGCGCGAAAGCUCCGCGUCCUCGGCGUGGAUAAGUGCCUGUCAGAAUCAGGAGACAGACGGUCGUGAACGCGCGCUCUCCGUGGAUAACUGCAAAACGCGGCUCCUUGUAUUGUGCACCUGCUCCUGAACAUCCUCAGCUCAAACCUGCUGUAAAUUUUCAGGAAUAAAACAUGGAACAGAGUAUUUUUCCUCGCUCCUUGUGGACUAAUGACAGCAAAUUUCUCCAUCACCAUGUGGCGGAUUUCUUCACCAGUGUACAAGUUACUCAGGAUAUACCUGCUGGUACAUCAUUUGGACCUUGUGUUCUUCAUAAUACCUUUUAUGACACUAUAGCCUUCAUUGCAUUGAAGUCUUCUGACAAACGGAAUAAAUCACAUGUAUUUCGGAUAGAUCCUGAGGCUAUGAAAGGUUCUCCAUUAGUAGUUCCUUGGCUGCGGUUAGUACAGGCUGCAAUGAGCGCAGAAGACCAGAAUACUGAGGCCUACUUGAAAGGAGGACAGCUGCACUUUCAGACUAUUCGAGAUGUGAAGCAAGGGGAGGAACUGCUUGUUUGGUACGAUGAGGAGCUGUCACAUCUUUUGGGGUUCGAAGACAUAAAGACAAAAGCACUGACAGAUGGCUACACAUGUUUGAGAUGCGGCCAGGCCUUCAAGAACGAAAACCCUUUCCUUGCCCACUGUCGUUUUUUAUGUGCACAGGAAAAAGUAGAUAUCAUCAGACCAACCAAUGAACAGAAACAAGACGUCAAGCGACAGCGCAAAAUCAUAGAUUUUCACAACAUUGCAAGAGAUCUAGAACACAAAAAGGACGGUUCUCCUGAAGACAUGGGCAUACCUAGGAAAAGAAAACAGGAGGGUUCCUUAAGUCCCCAGAGCAAAAAAACUGCGUUAUUGGAGAAAACCAACAUCACUAAUUACAGCAACACCGCCAACAUCAACAAAGAUGGUCCAGUUUUUCAGGAUUUGUCAGAAUCAGACAAUUUAUCAACAAUUGAGUCAAAGAGAAGUAAAAGCAGUGCGUUUACCGAGGUUAGAAAACCCUCAGGACAGCCAAACCCCAAGCAGACAUCACGGGAUGGAAUGGCUUCUGAAGUAGGCCUGCAAUCCGACUGCAGCGCGUUCUCAUUUGUUGUACCCAAGAACGCGCACUCAGAGCAGAAGAGCACAUUCUGUGACUCCAACAAAUGCACCAUCACUGAAGUUCAGAAUACUUCACCACCAGAUUCAGAUAAUAUCUCAGACUCUUUCAAAUCAAAGCCUGCACUAGGAUACAGAAAUGUAUUGGCCUCGCACCUGUUUCACACUGACUUGCCAAGCGCUCAUGCAGGUGGAGUGAUGUCCGCUCCUCUGGGUACAGGGGGAUUUUAUUACCCGCCCGAGCAUUGGACCAGAGCUAUAGGUGGCCAGCUACAGUCUACUUCUUCUUUGACACUUUUGCCCUCUACUUUCACACCACUGAGUGUUUCAGUGCAGAACUGGUGCGCCAAAUGCAACCUCUCAUUCCGAAUGACCUCUGACUUGGUGUUUCACAUGCGGUCACAUCAUAAGAAAGAGUUCGCCACAGAGGCUCAGGUGAGGCGGAGGAGAGAAGAGAAACUCACCUGUCCCAUCUGUCACGAGUACUUCCGAGAGCGUCACCACCUUUCACGUCACAUGACAUCACAUAAUUAAGAAGAAAAACUCUAUCGCAUUUUAACCAGGUACAUUACAGAAGUAAUUAUUUAAAAUGCAUUGCCCAUAAAUAAUGCAUUGAUACUGUGAUUUAGCUUUAUAACACCUUUGCAGCUAUCUAGCUGACAAAAAUAUGUACUAAGACCGUUUUGCUAACGUUAACAUUGAGUUAUGAAAAUGUUAUUUCUUAGUGUUCUCUGACUAUUCGAAACGUCCAGUUUUACAUGUCUGACGUUGGUUAUACGAACAAUAAGGGAACAUUCUAUUUUAUCAUAUUUCAAACGUGAAAAUUCUCUGAAACAAGUUCUAAAACAAGUAGUUAGAUGACAUGUCCAGCUAAAACAUUUCAGAAACAUUCAAGCUAAAACGGACAUUCAUGAUUUGAGAACAUUACUAAAUGCCAGAUAACGUUGUAUGAACUUUAUAUUUACAUUACUGGUUCGGAGGAAAAAACGAGAGUAGGAGAGAAGCUUGCCAGAAUGUUUUGAGAACAUUUUCUGUUAGCUGGGUAGAUUGUCUUUUUCUUCAAAGGUCAUAGUCAUUUCAGCAAGGUGGGCUUUGGGAGUGCAAUUCAGGCGAGGACUACAUCGCCACCAGGUGGCUAUAGACAUGAAUAACUUUCUCUUUAGAAAUAGCUAUACCUAGGACAUUUAGUUGUGACUAAUACUGUUGAAUUGCCUGGUCAUUUUCAACUUAACAGUGCCUUUCAAAUGUCAGGAUGAAUACAUAAACGGUAGAAUAAAAGGCUCCAGCAUUUUUAGGUUUGCUAACAGCUGACUAAAACUAUUAUUAACUGUGCGUUGUAAAGAGAUUUUAUAUUUGAAAUAUACAUCACUUCAUAAUGACAAUUUUUUUUACAAUGUUCUUUUCAGAUCUACUUCUUUUUAAAAAUUUUAACAGCACAACGACAAGGGGGAUGUAUUUAUUUAAAUAUAGCUUGUUCUGUUGUUUUAUUUAUCGUUUCUUUUUAGAUAAGUACAGUCACUGUA